AUGGCCGACCAAGAAGUGGUCAAAUUGGGUUCGAGGAAUGAAAGUGUGUUGUAUUUGCAAAAAGAAGGUAAACAUGUGUCUAUUGGUGCGUGGAACCAAAUAAAUAGAAUUCUGAAAGUGAGAAAAUAUCGGGAUUUUCGAGAUUUUAUUCCCGCUGAAAUUGAAGGCCACCUUCGUCAAGCUGGAUUUUACGAAGCCGCCUUAGCUGGAUCUCUGAAACUUGACAAAGUUUUAAUAUCGGCUAUGGUGGAGCGAUGGAGGCCAGAGACACACACGUUCCAUAUGCCGUUCGGAGAGUGUACUAUCACUCUGCAAGAUGUUGCUGUUCAUCUUGGCUUACCCAUUGAUGGGAAUCCUGUCAUCGGAGUUAUUUGGUGUGAUUGGUCUGAGCUUGUAGAGGACUUGCUCGGAGUGGUGCCACCCGCCAGUGCUAUCAAAGGAGGUGGCUUGAAGUUGGUUUGGCUAGCUGCGCAAUUUAAUUUUCAUAAUCUAGCCGGUGCCGACCCGAUACAAAUUACGUAUGCUGCAAGAGCAUACAUCUUGCGACUAAUUGAGAUUGGCUGCUGUGCUUAUUUGAUACAAGUGUGGGCAUGGCUAAGGAUUCCAGGAAUCGACCCGGAUCCACCGAGGUUGCACCGUGGCCUCCCACUCGCGGCAAGAUGGAGGGACCCGGACCCGGAAAAACCAAUAAAGUGGGCAAAGAAGCAAAUCGAGUGGUGGCGCACCAAAUUAGACGACUUGAGUUCUAAUGACUUGUGGAAGUCGUACUCUGAUCGUGUUCUCAAUGGGCUUCCGGAACGUUGUCGAGAAAACAUGCAUUUAUGGAGAACUGUGGUGUCAAUGGUACUCUAUCACGUUUCAGAGUGGCAUCAACCGGAUCGAGUUAUGCAACAAUUCGGGAUGUUUCAACAUAUACCGAAUGCACCGUCUCAACUUAAUGAAAUGCAUGAUAUUUCUCUGAAAGGGAAUGAAAAGCAGGAUUGGGUACAUAACAUGCGUGGUUUUAUACAGCUGUGGUCGGAGAGGCACCAGAGGUUGGCUAACCAACCCGAGACUAAUACUCUUGUUGGGCCAAAUGAUGAGUACAUGAUUUGGUACGACAAGUAUUCUGUUCGUUGGUUGACGCGUGCAGCUGCAACAAGAGGGCAAAUGGCUAUGCGCGUUCAUCAUGUAUGGUAUGGACUGACACCUGAAGGUCGCCCACUAUACACGGAUCAUGACCUUCAGAACCAAGCUGCUCGUUGCCUUACACUUUGCCAUGCAAGUGACAGGAUAUCUCAUCCCACUGCAUCGGUUCCUAGCUUUCCUAUGGAGUUUACACACGCAACCACAAAUGACAUACCGCCGACUGGAAAAGAAGAAGGGGAAGGUCUUGGAAGACGGCGAGAAUCUCAGAUUCCCGAAGAUGUUAUUAUUCAGGGGGGAACACUACCACCUCCACAUGACAGUACUCAUUGUACCCCCUUGAUCUGA